AUGCGAAGGGCGAGCGCUUGCCGGACCCGGCCGGAGCAGCGGCGCCUCCCGUGGCCGGGCUGGUGGAGGAGCAGGAGCAGCAGCAGCAGCAGGAGCAAAGCCGGUGCCCUCAGCCGGAGGAGGGAGCCCGGUCCCGGAACGCCUUGGAGGUCGCCGCUGCUGCUCGCCCUGCUGGCCUUGGGGGUCAGCGCCUGCCAAGGUGUACCAGUGAUGUCCCAUGUUCUCCAAGGAGAAAAAGUGUGGAAUGAGAUAGAUGAUAUGUGUUCUGCUAUCCCAGCUAGAGAUUCUCUGCCUCAGCCAUCCAAUGCGCUUGAAGAAUUUUGCUUUAUGGUUCUGGAAUUUCUACAGAAGGAUAAGCCAUCGGUCACACAUCCUUGGCUGCCACCUGCUCCCCAACUUCAGGACAGGAGACAGAAGAGAUACAAAGCGGACGAAGAACUUCGAAUACCUGGAGGAGUUCAAAGCAGGGGAUAUUUUAUGUUCCGACCACGUAAUGGAAGAAGAUCAGCUGCUCUCUAUUAA